AUGGCUGAUGAUCACUCAACUGAAUUACAGUUAAAUCAUACAGAUAACAACACAACCAAUACAAAUAAUACCUCCACAACCUCAACAACAAAAAACAAAAGCGCAAAAAUCUACACACCUAAAAAACAAACCCCAACAAACCAACUCUCACUAAACAAAGGACUUGAUAAUCAAUUAGAUAUCAUUACACCUCCAUCAAUCACAAGACCACUCUCUUUCUUAGAAAAAAACAAUAAUAUAUUUUUUUUUUUUUUUUUUUUUUUUUUGAUUUGA